UUACGUUAUGAGUGGAGAAAAAAGAAAAAGGAAGGAAAAUGCCACCUAACAGUAACACUCUUUUUCACACUCACGCCUUCGUUGUUACACCCUCUUCUUCUUACUCUUCCGUGCACACCCUGAAACUGCAAAAGCCUCAAGUGAAACGAUUCGUUUUGCUGUUCGCAUAUCCAAGGCGUUCGCGCACGUUUCUAGAACCUUCUACUUCUUCUUCUUCUUUCUCUCCUGUGAGGAAAACUAAGGAAGUGGCUGAAGAAUAUGUUUACCCUCCCGAAAACGAUGACGUUUUGGAGGACGAAGAAGAACGAGAGAAGAGGCUUGGAAAAGCGUGUGAAGUGUACGUGUGCAACCUGCCCCGAAGCUGUGACGCAGCAUACUUACUUGAUAUGUUCAGGCCUUAUGGAACCAUUUUAUCUAUCGAGGUUUGCCGGAAUGCUGAGAAUAAUGAAAGUAAGGGGUGUAGCUAUGUGACACUGGGAUCCAUACACUCAGCAAGAAAUGCAGUUGCUGCAUUGGAUGGAUCAGUUUGUAGGGGGAAACUGUCUCUCCCUUGCUUGUAUUAGAUUCAUCAUGCCCUAGUUGUUUGAUUCUAUUUUUUUUCUGUUUUUGGCUGAAGGAUGUUGGUGGGUGCGAAUUGCGGGUUAGAUUUUCAAUUGAGAUGAAUUCUAAAAGGAGGAGUUUUAACAAAAUGAACUCUUCAACCAAGAGAAUUUCAUAUUAUGAAUCUCCUCAUAAGCUGUAUGUUGGCAAUCUUGCAAAGACUGUUAGACCCGAACAGUUGAGAGAUCUCUUUUGCAGAUUUGGAAAUAUAGUUAGUGCAAGAGUGUUGCGUGAUUUUAAACAAGGGAACAGCCGAGUCUAUGCCUUUCUCUCCUUUCAAUCAGAGGCAGAAAUUUGUCACUGUUAUUUUUUAAUUAGUUUGGUCUUUCUUGCAGGAAUUUUAUGGUCGUACACUAAUCGUUAAAGAGGGUGUAGAGAGGAGUGAGGACUGAGCCAUAACUGCAGCUUUAGUGUCUGCAUAAUAAUGGCAGCAAUUUUGGUUUUUCACAUGAAUGAAGACUUGUAGUGUGUAUAGCUGAGACAUAUUUGUGAGGCUUUUUGAACUAGAAAGUUUUAGCUCAAAGAAGAGGUGAGCCUGACACUGCGGCAGUUCAGUAAAAUAAUGGAUUCAUUCUAUUUUACUUCUCUUGUAUUUCAAGUUGCAAUGAGUGAUAUCAAAGAAUUGUAGUUGAGACAAUUUGAAUUUUGAAUUUAACCGUGGGAUGAAUACUACUACCAUUACUAUAACUGUUGCAGAGAAUUGUGAAACUGAGAAAGUGAACAACCUUAUGCCGAGUAAAGCUAU